UUGAUCAUUUAUAUGGUCUACUUGCAUGGAGGGAAGGAGCUACACUGUGACUUUCUGAAGCUUCUACAAGUGUAGAAUGGGACAUCAGAAUCGAUCUUUGAAACACUACAAGAGGCUGAGAAUGAUUUGUCCCAAGAUCAUUGGUGUGCACUGCGUAGCUCACCGAGAGGCUCUUGCUGCCAAGGAUGGCUUUACAACCAAUCAACCAAUCUUUGACGCCAUCGACAAGCUAGCUCAAAAAAUCAAGUCGUGGCUGGGGAAAAGCUCUUUAAGGCAUAAAGAGCUAAAGGAGCUUUUACAGUCAUAUUGUCUUAAGGAGCUCAAGAUGCUAGCAAUGCAUGAUGUUCGUUGGCUAUCUAGGGGAGAAGUGAUGCAGUGGCUGGUGAUAGCUAUGCCUGCUUUGCUUGAUCAGUGGAAAAUUGCAGAUAAAACUCAGUACUCCAGCCUCACGACCAUUCAGCCAGUGGAGGUGAAGAACACUAGGAUGUCAAGUGAACCUGCUCAAUCUUCAAGUGUUGUUCCACUUGGUCUAGAUUUGAAUGCUCUAGGGACAGCUUUAUUGCCAGCACCAACUCCAGGUUCAGUAGCAGAUUGUGUGAUCAAGGGCCAAGCUUAUGUUCAAGCAACAGUGAACACGUUGAACACCUGUUUUCCAGAUGUUACCUUCUUCAACAGCUUCAAGCUAUUUAGACCAGUGUCAUAG